AUGACUAAAGGUAAAGCUUCUGAGAAAAUCGAUCAUGCCAAAGAGCUUAACGCUUACAAGAAGAAGCUAUAUGAAGAAGCUGAAAGGCUUGUAAUGGAAGAAUUCCCCAAGAGGGUCAUUCAGUUUGAUGCUAUGUUAAUGAGUCAUCGCUUCUCGUACGACAGAAUCCAUGAGAUUCUCCCAUCCGACGAUCUCAAUAUCCCUGUCCCAGUUGUUGAUGCUAAAGAGAACAUGCAGAGUGGAAAUGAAGUUCCAGCGAAGAAGAGAAAGCUGGACGAGAAAGAAGCCCAAGAAUUAGGAACACCAGUUUAUGGUUUUAUUAGAGGAACUGUUCCUUGUAACGAUAAACUCAUCGAACUCAUGGAUCAAGUUCGUCCGUUAUUGAGAGAAGCUGUUGAGAGUGUUAACAAGGUUAAAAUGUGGAUUACUUUCUUGAUCCCUCGUAUCGAAGACGGAAACAACUUCGGAGUUUCCAUCCAAGAAGAAGCUCUAGGAGAGGUUCGAAAUGUCGAGAGCGAAGCUGCUUCAUUCUUAGAUCAGAUGAGCAGAUACUUCACAAGCAGAGGAAAACUUAUCACAAAGGUUGCCAAAUAUCCUCAUGUCGACGAUUAUCGCAAAGGAAUCCUCGAUAUGGACGAGAAGCAAUUCAUCAACAUCAGAUUGGUUCUCAUUGAAAUGCGUAAUCAUUACUCCACCCUGCACGAUGUGAUUACCAAGAACUUGGAGAAAAUCAAGAAACCAAGAAACAGCAACGUAGACUUGUUGUACUAA